AUGAUUCUUGAUGAAAGUGAACCUCUUUCAGAAUCUCAUAACGACGAUGAAUUAAUGAAGUUCUGGCUCGACAUGGAGCGAAUUGUCAACAUACCAGCUGAUCAGCAAAAUAAAAACUCGGUUAAUAGUGCACUUGUUGGUUAUAUUAAAAAGUCGUGCGAUUCUUACAUGGAUUACAUUCGUUCAGAUAAGGAAAUGUGUCGUUUGGCAAUGGUAUUGACGGACUCUCCAAUAAUGAAAAACGAGAAGCGAUUUUGUCUGAGCAAGCUAUUGUCACUAUUGAAUAUUGAUUUAUUGGAGAUGAAUAUGAAAUUCAUUAUUGCAUAUAUUUUACUUUGGGAAUCGAAGCAGGAUUUAAAUUCCCUGGAAAUAAUGCUUCAAUUUCAAGGUUUCAAUGUCUUUUAUAACACCUUAUACACACAAUUUGCAUAUCUGAAUAAGUAUGGUGAGGAUAAACAUAUAUCUCAAGAAAAGUUGAUUAGUGCAGAUUUGCAAGAAUUGAACGACAUUGAGAUAAAGAUAAUGGAUGAGAUGAGACAAAUUUGCGUUGUUUUAAUGGACGUGCUGUUUUUGGUCUUUAAGUACUGCAAAUGCUCCGUGACGAAUGUCCAAACAAUUGAUGAUUUCUUUAUUUACUUUUUAAUGAGUACGAUCCGAUCGGACACAAUGGAUGAUCUUUUCAACAACGCACAAUUUAAAUUGAUAUUAGCUCUAAAUGAACAAUACAUGAUGCUUACCAAAAACUUUGAGAUUGAAAAUAAAAUUUUCAAGUAUCUCAGUAAUGAUGCAAAAGAUACAAGGUUUGUCGAAUUACUCUUAUUGAAGCUUAAUAGGGUGCAGGAUUCUUCGCUUCAAAUUAUGAUGUGUAAAAUCUUAUACAUUAUUUUAACCUCAAAGGAUGGUGAUCUGGCGUUAAAUUUCUUCUAUUUGAACGAUCUACAUGUAUUCGCCGAUGUACUUAUAAGAGAGUUGCAAAAUAUUUCUGAAAAUGAGGAACUUUUGAGAAAUUACUUUCUUCGACUUCUCAUUCCGCUGCUUAAUAAUACAGAAAUCUCCAGGACGCAUUACAGAAAACACGAUAUAUCGAAGCUCCUGACAUAUCUUUCUUCAAUCGAAAACAGUUGCAGUAGUGAAAAUCUUGGCCGUGAGCAUGCAAUCACUUCGAAAUUGGCUUCCAAAGUACUAGAGCAAGUUCCUUGGCUGGAAAAAAAAUCUCCUUCUGAAGAGCAAUGCAACUCUGAGGAAACGUCUAGCAGAAAAUCAAGUGUCUCGACCAUUGUUCUGACACCAACCGCCACCACACCAAACAACGAUAAAAAAACUGGACAAUUUUAUCUAAGUUCGGAAUCAGAUUAUUCUGCAGAGUCAUUAGGAAUGAGAAAAAGCAGACCUCCGCCUCCUUUACCACCGUCUAGGAAACAAGUGCUGAGGAGGACCCAUUCGCAUUUAAAUGAUAAGCUAUAA